CCCUUGAACACCCUUGACUUGUGACUAUCGGUUCAGAUAUUGAACUUUGUGGUCACCUGUCGGCCUCCAGCCGGGUUGGACUCACACAGAAUCAAGAACCAGUCCUCCCAGCAACAUGGCGUCAGCUUGGCCUGAAGAGGACAGCUUUGCCUGCUCGGUAUGUCUGGACACGCUGAGAGAUCCUACCACUCUGCCCUGCGGACACUCGUACUGCCUGGCCUGCAUUCACAACCACUGGGACAAGGAGGACAGCAAGGGCCGGUACAGCUGCCCCCAGUGCAGGCAGACCUUCAAGCCCCGGCCCUCCCUGGCCAGGAGCACCCUGCUGGUCGAGGCCAUGGAGAAGCUGAGAACCAGCAGCCUCAGGCAGGGCCCCUGCGCCGUGGUGUCCUCGGCCCCGCCGUCCAUGCCCAUCUACCUGGAGGUCCUCCCAGAGCCAGAGGCGAGGACAGGCGGCAUGUACCCUCAACUCCCCAUGGUGGGGCCCAGACCCUGCCCUCAACACAACCGACCUCUGGACCUGUUCUGCAAAGAAGACAAGGAGUGUGUAUGUGAAGUGUGUUGCCAGCAGGGACAUGAGGGCCACCGUGUGCUCAAACCACAGGAGGAAAGAACAGAGAGACAGAAAGAGCUUCUUCAGAUGCAGGUGGAGGUGCAGACGAGGAUCCAGGACACUGAGAAGAAGCUCAAGGAGCUUCCCAACGCUGCACGCCAACACAAGGCCAGCGUGCAGGCUCUGAAGGAGGAGUGCUCAGAUUUAUUCUCUGAGCUGGUCAGGAGCUUGAAUGUAACAGGCACCGAUGUUUGUGAGCUGCUUAGCCUCCACGAGACCACCUUAGGUAGCCGUCUGGAGGGCCACGUACAGGGAUUAGAGCAGGAGGCCGUGCAGCUCCGCUGGAGGGGAGAGGAGCUCGGCAGGCUGGCCGGCAUGCAGGAUCACAUCUGCUUCUUGAAGAAUUUCUUCCUCCUGGAGCCACUGGGACCGACAGAUGGUUCAGGAAAGUCCCUGUUGAAUCAGGAGGAGGCCGUGGUGGCCUCCAUCCGCUCCGCUGUGAAGGAACUACAGGAGUCGGUUCAAGAUCUUUGCAAAGCCAGCCUCGCCAAGAUAUUCAAGUCAGUGAAUCCGGAUCCUGCGGCAUCAGCUCCCAACGGUCCGGCAGAAGACGCAGCAAUCACUGGGAGUUCUUGUCGGGACACUGAAAAACUUCCAGUGUGUGAAGCCUCAGUAAAUCCUCCACUUUCACCGCCUACGCGGUCGCAAUCGAGCCAGGCUUCGAGACUGGGAGGAUCUCUCAGUCAUCAAGGUCCUAGGCCUCAAGCAUCUGGAACAACAACCAAUGUGAAUCCAGAGCCAAAAACCAGGGAGGAAAUGUUAAAAUUUCACUUCAGACCGACCAUGGACCCCAACACGGUGUACCGCCACGUGCUGCUAGCAGACGGCGGUCACAAGGCCACGAUGCGGGCCGAGAACCAGAACCCACCAGACCAUCCUGAGCGCUUCACGUUCUGGAGACAGGUUCUGUGCAAGGAGCCGCUGGCGGGGAGCCCUUACUACUGGGAGGUGGAGUGGACUGGCCAGAAGAUCACAGUCGGUGUUGCUUACAAGGAGAUGGAACGGAAAGGAUCUGAUGACAAAAGCCGUCUGGGCCACAAUGAUCUGUCCUGGAGCCUGUACUGGUCCGGGACGGGCUUUUCUUUCUGGCACGGCGGCCAGGAGAAACAGCUGGGCUCGCCUAAGGCCAAGCGGAUCGGCGUCUACCUGGACCAGUACGGAGGGAUCCUGAGCUUCUACCGCAUCAGCAACAACCAGGCUACCCUCCUCCACCGACACCAGACCCUGUUCACUGGCCCGCUGCACCCAGGAUUCAGGUUCUGGACCGGCGUGGGGAACACGUUAACGGUUUGCCAGCUGGAAUGAGCUGAAUAUCGAGACUGGGCCAAUUGCUUUUGUGGAUUUGUAAACAAGAGAAAUCUUUGCAAGAUAAAUCUUUGCAUGAGAAAUCUGGUCUUGCACCACAAAGGAGAAACUUACAU